AUGAAAAUAUAAAAAAAUAAACCAACCUUGCUUUCUAAACCUGCCAUGAAUUACAGUUAUCAUUCAAGCAAUUCUAAAAAUAUCUUUGAUAGUAGAUAAAUUGUAAUAUUCCUAGCAAUGGUUCCUGCAGAUUUACAUUAAAAAUUUGGGCCAUAAUUUAAUGAAAAAGGAUUAAUGAAGCACACAAUUAUAGGAAAACCUGAAUGGUUUCAUAAAGUUGCAAAAUAGAGAGAUACUUAAUUAAGAUUUAUUAAUGAUGAUGAUUCUUUAAUACAUUAACGAAGAGUAUUUCAUAAAUAAAGAAGUAUGCAAAAUUAAUUAUUGAAGCUAUGAACUAAAAUGACUCUUUAAGUAAUUUAUCCUCCUCUUUAAGAACUCGUAAAUUUUCAGAUUACAAGGAAAAAACUUCAGAUAGUACUAAUACAUGCAAUGUUAAUCCAGUUAAUUUUGAUGUUGUUGAAUAGUUUAAUCUUGUUUAAUAAAUGAAAAAAAUAGGUGAUUAAAUCAAAGCCAAUACAAAAUAAUAAGAAUCAAUAAUCUAAAGUUUAAGUAUAUAAAAAAAAAUCUAAGAAUUGAAAAAUCAAAAGGCUAUCAAUCAGUAUGAAAAAUUUAAUAUACAAUGGUAAGAAUUUAAUGAAAAAUUGAAAAAUAAAAUUGCUUAAAGAUCAAAACAGCCAAAUCUUCUUGAUUAACAGCAAUGUAAUUCUAUAUUCUAUUGAGAGAUUAUAAUACAAAAGUAGAAACUUUAAAUAUGCUUUAAUCUAUCUAAAAUCAAUUAACAGAUGAUGAAGAAGUAUAGAAAAAGAAACUUAAUCCACUUGGAAAUCUAUUUCUAAAAUAAAGAAAAAUUUUUAAAUUAAAAACAGAGCCUUAAUCUAUCAAAAAUGUGGUUCAUAAUUUAAUUGCUAAAGAAAGACUUUUUUAUGUUCCAAAUUCUCAAAAAUUAAAAAGUAGUAUUUUAAAUAAUGAACCUAUAUAAAGAGAUAGAUGUAAAUCAGAAUUUGAUGAGUUAAAUGUAUAAAUUGUAAAUAUAAUAAAGGUUUCUGGGACAAGUGUUUAUGAUAAAGAAUUUUAAUCAAUAAAAUAAAUACCAGAUAGAUAAAAUUAAAGAUAUAAAUUAUUUAAACACAAACCAAUAGAUAAACAUUCUGAUAUUUGA